AUGGCUAAGUUGAAGAAGCAAGUCAAGCGCACCAAAGAAAUUCUGAGCGCAUAUACCCCUGCUCCAAUCUCAGUUGAAUCUCUCUAUAAUGAUACCGAUUUCAGAAGCAGCAUAACACGUGAAAAAUUUGAAGAGCUUUGUGCAUAUUUAUGGGAGCAGGCUCUGUCUCCAAUCAAAGAUGUGCUCACGCAUUCAGGCAUGAAAAUUGGUGACGUAUAUGCUGUAGAGCUAAUUCGAGGAGCUACCAGGGUACCGAAACUGCAGGCUAAGCUGCAGGAAUUCCUGGGAUGGAGUGAGCUAGAUAAGCACCUUGAUGCUGAUGAAGCAAUUGUUCUUGGCGCCUCACGACAUGCUGCUAAUCUAAGUGAUGGGAUUAAGUUGAACCGCAAGUUGGGGAUGAUUGACAGUUCUACUUAUGGUUUCGUGUUUGAAAUAGAUGGCCCAGAUUUUGUCAAAGAUGAAAGUACUGAUCAAGUACUGGUUCCAAGGAUGAAAAAGAUGCCAAUAAAGUUGUUCAGGUCCAUCAAAUAUACUAAGGACUUUGAUGUGUCUCUCAGCUAUGACAAAGCUUCUGAAUUGCCCCCAGGUGUUUUAUUGCAAAUGUUUGCAGAGUACGCCAUAUCAGGCCUGACAGAAACCAGUGAAAAGACCAGGGCAGUACUUACAAAAAGAGGCAAGCUGAAGAGGAAAGUUGGAAGAAGGAGAGCAACUGUGCGUUUUUCUGACUGCCUCUUCCUCAUGUCGCUAAGUCUCCAAGCUUCAAAAAAUCAAACUCAGGUUCACUAUACCAUUUUUCAUAUGCUUAUGCUUGAAUUGGAGUGUCACAGGCAAGAGGACCAAGUGCAGGCUGGUGAGCAUCAGGAGUCCAGUCGAUUGGCUUCGGCCUUUGAGGUGGCACUUUUGCUUGUCUCUUGUUAUCUUUUUGAAAUGGUGAAGCUGACAGUGAUAGCCUGUAUCACUGAUGGCCUUCCAUUGGCGGAGUGCUUAGAUGGUGGUUAUGUGAAGGAUGUUGUCUUCUACAAGCAGCAAGAAAAAUUGUUGUUCAAAAACAUAUCUAAAGGCCAACAUGAAUCAUCAAGACUGUCAACUGAGACUGGACCAUACCGUUCCAGGUCAAGGCAUGUGAAAAUCAGAGCUCAGGCGCCAGGAAAAUGGUCUAUUUUCAAGUGGCAUCAUACGGUGAAGGAGGGGAUCUGGAUCAAGAGCCGUAAUGGUGCUUGUGAUGGCAUGUCUAGCACUUGCGCGACCCUGGAGUCUGACUUCUUCUUGCAAGUAAGCUCCUUUUGCUCUUCUAUGCCCCCCACCUCGCUUGUGAGGAUCUAUGGUUGGAUUUGGGUAACUAGAACCCAAGAGAUGUAA